CAUCUCUUCAAUCUUUCUAAAUCGUGGCUGGAGACACUCCUAAAUGUGAGAAGCUGUUAUAUUGAUCAUAAUAUACAAUUAUUGUGUGUGUUAAGGCAACUGAUUUUGUAUAUGGUUUGUUAAUCAACAGUCUGCCGGUUGGUAGGACCGAAUAUUCAAUCAAAUUGAAGGUCGAAUAUUUGAAUAGUGAAUUAUUCGACUUGACUCACCCCAACACCGAGCAUUUAACUCCAUUCUUGUACAGCGCUUGUACAUGUACAUGUAAGUAUGUUUGUAUUGUACAGAGUUAUUUUCAUACACAGUUCUAGAGGAAGCUACAUGUCUAAGAAAUGGUCCAGAUUUGGGAAACACAAUUUGGAAGAUCAGAACCCAGAAUUACCUGUGGCAGGAAUUUGUAUUGUCCUAGUUGAUGUGCAUUACAUGGUGGUCGUAGUACUUCAUUUGUCAAAUCAUUUGUUUAAAAAGUUGAAACACCAUUUAUUACCCUGUAGCAGUUUCUUUGUGUAGUAACUGCAAAAUAGCAUCAAGCCCUGGUUAGUGCAGUGAAGAGUUGCUCUGAGAUCCUCCAAAACCACCUGUUGGAUUUUGGGCUGGAAGGGUUAGGGAUUUUCAGCACUUGGUAGGAUUUGAAGUUAAUUGUCCAUAGGGUGUGCAAUGGAACCAGGCACCCAUGUACGUAUACCCGACCUUCGAUGCCAGGAACCAGUUCCAAAACUAUGGAACCUUGAUGCCAGGAACCAGUUCCAAAACUAUUGGACCGGGAUACCUGUAAUCAACUGUGCAAAUUACUUAGUAAUUUUUGAGGCAGUGAAGAAGUAUAGUUUGAUUAAGCAGUGGAGGAAAACUUUUAAAACACAGCCAGGCUACAUGGAAUGCUAAAAAAGAUUCCAAUGCAUAAAGUUUGUUAAUGAGCAUUUCAAGUAAGAAUUUCAACACAUCGGUUUCUACUUGUGCAGAUUUCUUUCAUGGUUAGCCUGGUACCUGUGUUUUACAUGUACCUCAAUGGGGUUGGUUCCCAGUUCCAAUGCCACCCCUACCACUCACCACUAGUGCUCACCACUAGUCUUCACCAAAAUUGUACAAAGUGAAACAAAGGUUGCAUGUGACCAUUUGUGUUGUUCUAAGCAUUGAUGAAUUGUAGCGGUUGUUGAUACCUUUUAUUUAUUGCCAAACUGCAGUAUUUCAUGGUACUUUAUGUCUGCUCAUCAUUGUCAUCAGAAGGUGUUGACGUGGGAAAGUAUGAACCGCAGUUUUCAAAACAUUAGUAACGGGAAAUGGGAUUGAAGUUUUAUGAAAAAUAAACAGUCUUGAUCAGGGAUUGACAGCUCCACUUUAGUAUGACCAAAUUGGUCAAGGACCUUUCUAAAUACUUCUGAAGCCCAAGGAGGUUUGUUACAAUAGAUCUGGUCACCCCUUCCCUUUAGACAUUGUAGAAUUGGAUUACUAAUGCUCAUUCAGUGAGCCACCCAAAGGCAGCAGUGGGUUCAGAUUUAAAAGGUGAGGUUUGAAGUUCUGGUAGGUUGUGUUGCAAUCGGAUAGAUUUACUACAAGCACAAAUAUAGUUCCCAGUUCCCUUAUCAGAAGCAGGUAGCUUUCUGUCUACAGUAAAGUUACACCUUAGUUGAACAUCACUGCUAUCACAGGGGGCAAAAAUAGAAAUGAAAUUUGACUUUGAACUGGAUUAAUGAUUAAUUAAAUCUUGGUGUUAUUGUAGUGCAAAUCGGUUAUCAGCGGCGCACGCUGUAGCUCUGGGAUUAAUCUGCUCUUCAAAUACAAUCAAGGGGUCGAAGGUAGCAGUGUCUUUGCAGCACCCACAAGGCCCGUAUGUAAUGUAGGGUAUUGGAAUGAUCUCUUGGCCAACUUUGUCUGCCUCGUUCCCCACCGGUCCUCUCUGAAGAUUACAGAAGCUUUGGUAUUAUUUGCAUGGUUCGGUGGUGGUCCAAGUUUUUGAGUCAGAUAAGAAUAAAUGUUUCUCACCUUUGUAACCGUAGUUCUAUUUAUAGUUUCUUAGUGUCUUUGUACAUGCAGUCUGGAUGUGAACCGAAUAGUGCAGGUAUUUUGACACAAGAAUUUUCUGUGUGGUGAGUCGUAAUGUGAUAUUUCCUGUCAAACAUACAACUAGGUAAAAAGUUUCCGUUAAGGUCUAAGAUGAGCGUGAUGGCUGAAAAUCAGACAUCACAAUGUCUCCCGAAGGAUCGGUCAGUGGUGGAAAUGAUCAAUGUGAUAUUUGAUGACACCAUGCUGACCAGUGUCUUCUGGAUAAUGACGUUCAUCACCAUGGUCCUUUUCUUUGCGUUCAUUGAAAACGUCAACUUCCUGUUCAACAGGAUUCCCAACAAGGACCGGAUGAUUCGAAUCAUGUGGAUCCUCGGCAUCUAUCCAGUCUUUGCCUUAACUUCCAUCUUCUCUCUCUACUUCCCACGCUCAUCUGUCUUCUGUAAUCUCACUGCAACAUGUUACUACGCCCUGGGUGUGUACUUCUUCAUCGGGCUCAUCGUUUUCUACUUUGGUGGCUACGAGCACGCCAUCCUCAAAAUUGCCGACACCCAGGUGCCCAUCAUUCCCUUCUGCGGCAAGAGAGUGAGCAUCAAACUAACAGAAUGGGCUUUCCUGCGUCUACGCUUCUGCCUCAUUCAGUUUGCAAUGUUCCGGGCUCUGAUGAUGUUCAUUGAGAAUGUGCUGUUUGUCAACGGAACUUACCAUUUGAGCAAAAUGACGACAGAGAAUGGCUCCAUCGUCAUCUACAUCCUGGUCCUGAUCUCGGGGGGCGUCUACAUGUGCGCCUUGUACAUCCUCCACAAUGCCUCUAAGCCCCUCCUCAAGGGCUUCUACCUGACACCCAAGUGCCUGCUGCUGUUUGCCGGCUUCCUGAUCAGUGACGUCCAGAUGGUCAUCAUCGGACUGUUGACGACUAGCGGCGCCAUCAAGUGUGUCUUGCCGUUUGAUGGGCCCAACAGAGCUAACGGUUGGUACAGUCUAGUGCAGAUCGUGGAGUGCGCCCUCAUUUCCCCAGUCGUCAUGAUGUUCUUCCGGACCCGAAAGGGCAACGUGGUGAGCAUGGUGGACAUGGUGAAGAAAGUGACAGCGGCCCAAAAGAAAAAGCCAACACUGAAGAGGGGCCCCAGCAAGACAUCGUUGUACAACACGUACGCCAAUCUGUAGGCAGUGGGCAGACAAGCCGUCCAAUCAUCAGCAGUGACCGCAGCUAAGAAAAGCUUGGUGCUUCGCUUCCCUGGUGUACGUGCCUGUUUUCAGUUAUCAAGCAAUUAAGUAGCAGAAAAGAAGUGCACAUUUUCUUGAAAUGACAAAAAGGUCGAAUGGGCCUGGUAGAUUGUUGUUGUUACGGGCAGCACUUUAAACAAAAAUACGGAAACCUUCAAUUCCACUAUUUUAUGCUUAAGUGUAGAAUGCUAUUUCUGAGUUUGCAUGUGUGUACAGGUCAAUUCUAAACAUUCCACUAUCUCAAGUAUUACCAAGUAAGAUCAAGCUUUUGUUAUACAUGCAAGUCUUCCCUUCCAAUAAUUGUUUUUUUCCAUAAAACAGUGUAGCUUUACGUUCAAAGAUAACAUUGGUGCAUAGCCAGUAAUUCGUUGGCAUCACUGUAUAUUUUCCAUGAGCCUGUGAAGCAUCUGUCUAGUCACAGAGUGUCCACUACAGACCUUUUUGUUUGGUUGGUACCACAAGUUGAGAGUAAUUUCAUUAGCUGAAUCUCAAAACGCUCUUGCCCCCACACCCCCAUUUAAUUUAUGCACCUUUUGUCAUGAAUGAGGCCUUCAUGGAUUGGUUUCAUUCCGGUUUGAAGCUCUGUACAUAGCUCUAACUGAAAUAUCAUUUCAUAUGCAAAGGUUUGAACUCUUUUUUGAACAAUUUAUUUGGCAAAAAUGGGCACGGUGAUUAAAAAAAACUUGCCACAUUUCUCGCAUUUGCUUUUAUUAAAUGAUUUCAUCAUUUUGUACAUUUAUACAAAUGAGAUAGAUAUAAGAUGAUCACAAAGACGGAAACAGCGCACUUCUCACCUUGUUUACAUUGUUCAAGUGUUGGCAUGGAUGUGACCUAGGGUUCCUCCCAGUGGUAAAAGAUGGAUAAGAAAUUAAAGACUUCAAAUUUACUUC